CUAAAUUCUAAUUCGUUCACCACGUUCGUUUUGUAGUGUAAAUUUGAAAUAGACCAAAACUAAACAAUAUAAUAAAUCGAAAAUUAUUACGAUUUAUUAGUUUAAAGUUAAAAGCAAUACAUUUACAAAUUUUCUAGAUGUACGCUUAUUAAAUUAUAAAAUAAAUAAUUAGUAAUACGUUACGAAACAUAUUCAAUUUUAAAUUCAAUACAAAUAAACAUAUCAUUAAGUAACUAAAAACGAAGAACAAGUCCAUAGCCGAACAAUUAGGGUUUGGGAAAAUUCUCUUAUACUAAAGACGAAGCACAAAGAACCCUAUAAUUGCUCAUAGCCGGACGAUCAGAACUGGGACCACGAUGGAAGGGAUGAUGAUCGUAUAUAUAUAAAGCUUUUAGCUAGAGUUUGCGUCUUAUUUAUGAUUAAAAUCAUAAUUUCUGAUUUGUGAGGGUUUCGAUUGUUCUCUCUAAGGUUCCUAUAUUCUCAGAGUACUACUACAAGAGUUACGAUGCAUUCGUUGAUGCUCUCUUCAAAACUGGCCGAAGUUCUGAUCUACAGUGGAAAAACGGUAAGGAGUUUUCCACUCUGUAGGGCAUUCGUCUCCGCGUCACCAAGGCCCUUGCAAGGAAAAGAAGAGGUAGAGCAAUGCAAAAAUGUGAAAGAAGCAGCAGAUGCAGUGAAGGACGGAGCGAAGCAAGUGAAGGAAACCACCGAGUAUAUCCAAGAUGUCGCUUCCACUGCGUCUGGCCGGGUAAGUAAGAUGACAAAAGAUGUGACGGAAAAGGUUACCGAAACGACGGAUUCAGUCACUGAAAAGGCUAAAGGAUCUGUAUCUGGAGUCGUGGCCACAGUCAAAAAUGCUACUGAUAUCAUUAAUAACAAGACUGGUGGCGAUUAGUUACUAGCAUAUCUAAAUAUUUGAUUUAUUUAUAUAUGUUUCAAUAAAUUAAGUAGUAUUCAAAGCAUUAUCUGAUCAAUGAUAUCUCUGACUAAAUUUUGAACAUGAAUUGAACAAUAAUUCAAAGUUAUACUCGGAAAACCUCUGGACUAGAUAGACUGUGUUUCGCUCUUGUAGCAUAAUAAGGGGAAGUACGAUGUAGUAGUCUCCUUAGUGAUGAUUGAUCUUUGUAAUGGAAGGAAGAAUAAAGAGACUUGUCUUAAUUGAUUUA